AUGACCAAGCGAGGGAAGAGGAAAACCGGGAGGAAGCAUGAUGGCGUUCCUCAGAGCGAAGACGGGCGUAAACCUGACGUUCCUGAGCGAUCAGAUCAACUUGCUGGAGCGUCUCGUCAAGGUUUAGGAGGACACACUGUCAAUCUAUCGUUUUUCCGAUCGAGUGCUCAACUAUAUGGAGAACUGCACCAACGUCUAAGUCGUGUGGGUGGGGAAAGUUACACAGAAGAAAGCGUAUCACAGACUGGGAGGCAAAUACUUGUGGCGCUUGAAGACUUGGCACACGCUGCCGAUCCGCGGGUCGAGCCUAAAGGCUCGUGUCCAUUUGUGAUGCUUUUGUCAAUGCUGUUGCCAACCCUUCGGAAAUAUCUGGCAUGGACGCAGGCGACAAGAUCGCUAUGGGGUAGUAACUUUGUAGCUUUUCGACAUCGAAGUGUCACUGCUGAGGGAGCUGUCUAUAGAGGUGAGAAUGAUACUGUGCUGUUGGCGAUGCUGGCUCAGCACAACAUUCUCACACGAUUCGCUCUUCAAACUGCGCACAUUUCACGCCUCAUCGACAGCAACGAAGGUGGCGGCUAUGAUGAUACUUUUUCAAGUCGAACCACUCAGUCUAACGCUCAUCAACCAUCGUCACAAGUAUCAUCGGUGGCGUCUUCUGCUUGUUCUUCUGUGACGUCCACACCUCGAGACCCAAUGGAUUCCGGCAGGGUGUACACUCCGCGAGUAACCAAAGACAAACCGGUUUCCACUCCUCAGGUUCAUCGCAUUUCCGUUGAGUUAGCAAAUGUCGAUGCUGAAUGCAAGAUGCAUCUCGCUAAAUUGACGGAAAGCCUCAUCGAAGUCGUAGAGAUGAUCGCUAAGUACAUGUGCACGCCCACAGCAAGUAAAGAUGCAGGAAAAACGCGGAUCUCGGCGAGAGAAUUUAUCGAGCGUCUUGUGCAGCACUUACUCGAGCCUAUGGGACAAAGAAUACUGGCGGAACCUUCAGCAUCUUACACUUACUUAUUCCCUCGACUUCUUGAGCAGUGCAUCACCGUUACCAUCGAUAACUUUGCACGAAGUAAUGAAAAACGGAACGAGCUUCAAGCAGCUCCAUUUGAAGCAGGCGUCAUGCAUUUGCGCACCUGGAGUUUUAAGCUUGAAAUCGAGUACAACACGCGCUUGAGAUCUUUGAGCAGUAGUAGCAACAACGCUGAUUCCGGCACGGAAAGUGAUGCACCCAAUCACGCGGCUUUGACUACGUCUUGCGUUCCAUACAAACGUAUAAAUCUCAUGAGUUUGGAUGGCUUUAAGCGACUGGAAACAACGUUGAGCUCGUGGUUGAAUGCAUCUUCGUCAACGCCAGCUGGGUCAGACUUAGGGAGCGGAACUUCAGCAAGAUCAUGGGGUGUUACAAGCUUAGCCGGUGGAAUUCGCAGCACGUUAGUGAGAACCUUCUCAGGGAGUACAACGAGUGGUCCUCCAGCGUAG